AUGACCGACCAAGACAGCAACGCGCCCCGGGGCCUACCUUCUGUCGAGCUCCGGGACGUCUUUGCCGAGAGGCGGACGUGGCAAGUCUCGUUUGACCCAAAGCGAGACUAUUUCGCGUAUGCCGACGACGGACAGAUCGCAGAGGCGAUUACGCGUAUAGAUGACCUCCUCCGAACCCAAGAGCGCUUGACUGCGCAUCGAGCCUUCGAACAACAUCCGCAGCCGCCUGCACCGAGUUUCCCGACGACCCAACAUGACCGCGCACAGCAGCCUUUGGAAGAGGUCCAGGAACCUUCGCUCUCCCGACCCAGCCGAUCGCAACGAGGUCUCCUACGAUCCCCCAACAUCAUGAAUUACAGCCUCCGGGAUAGGUUCAAAACCCAACAGGAUCACGAACAACAGUCUCUGGGUGAGGGCCAGCAAGCCUUCCGUCCAGAGCACCAGGCCCCUGCAUUAAACGCCCUGACGCUGGACCACAACCUCGGCGCAGAGGACAGAUACGAGGAACCUGAUCUCCCGAAAGAGACAGCCAAAACGAUACAAGCGCGCUACGAUGGGCUGAAGGAACCCCGAUGUUCUGUCGCGCAUUGGGGCAUCUGGCGCCAGACGAACCCUACGCCGCAUAAGCGCUUUGUCCCUGAUCUCCGUACCCACAAGGUCACGCUAGAUGACAAGUCCUUUCAACUCAACCGCUUAUUCUCCCACGACGCCACACCGGGCGACAUCUUCGCCAAGCUAGAGCCAUAG